UCGGUUAUGUUUACAGUUAGUUUCGGUUUUCUGAUUAUUUACAUCCUAAGUUUUGUUUUGGAAUAACUUUUAAUUUGUCGUUUUCGCACACAGGAAUAUGUUUUGACAGAAUUUAGUGCUUUUACGCUACCGAAUGUUGAAUGUAAAAUAAGUGUCUUGAUAUAACCUAACCUAUACUGACAAAUACAUUUAAAAAUUAAACUACUCUUGUGAUAGUGCUGCACUGUUAUAAGAAACUACAGCCCAACUGAAUUUGAAAAUCGGCAUUACUUGUGAGGAUUUAAGUGUUUGGCUUGGAUAAGAAGUUGUGUAACUUUGUGAAUGUUUCGCGACCUACAUUCGGAAACUCUGAUAAAAAACAUAAGUCUUUAUGAACUUUUCAAUUAAGUGGUUACCAAAUUUCCCUUAUAAAUAUUCGUAAUAGUGUUUUUUACGUAACUUAACUGAAUUAUGAAGUUGUCACUGUGAACACGGAGAAGCAACCUUAUUGUUCAAAAAUGCGUUAUCAUAAGAAAACUAAGGAAAGUGGAUUUUUCGAGGGUGAUUCGUCUGACACGGACGGUACGAAUAUGGGGAAAGCUUUAAAAAGGACGAAAGUUUGUACUACCUCUAGUGAAUACAAAAGAAAAGUCGAAUAUACACAAGAAGAACUGGAUACCCAUAUCAGGAACUGUGCCCAAAAAGUAAACCUCUCAGGCGUCGGGAGGGUGGAUAUGUCCCACUUCGACCUGCUGAAGGUCCUAGGAACAGGGGCUUACGGCAAGGUCUUCCUGGUGCGCAAGCGCGGUGGCAGCGACGACAGCCGUCUCUACGCCAUGAAGGUGCUGAAGAAGGCCUCGAUCGUCCAGAAGAAGAAGACCACGGAACACACCAAGACCGAACGCCAAGUGCUCGAGGCCGUCCGCGAUAAUCCCUUUCUAGUUACAUUACACUAUGCCUUCCAAACGGAUGCCAAAUUGCACCUCAUCUUAGAUUACGUAGCCGGUGGGGAACUGUUCACCCAUUUAUACCAAAGAGACCACUUCACAGAAGACGAAGUUCGAAUUUAUAUAGGAGAAAUAAUAUUAGCCCUGGAACAUCUACAUGCGCUGGGCAUCAUCUACAGGGACAUCAAACUGGAGAACAUCCUGGUGGACGAGUCGGGCCACAUCGUACUCACCGAUUUCGGUCUCAGCAAGGAACUACCGAGGGCCGACAGCGAACAAAGGGCGUACUCGUUCUGCGGUACCAUCGAGUACAUGGCCCCGGAAGUGGUCAAAGGCGGUACCCAGGGACACGAUAUCGCUGUGGAUUGGUGGUCCGUGGGGGUCCUCACAUACGAACUUCUCACCGGGGCGUCGCCUUUUACCGUAGAGGGCGAGAGAAAUACUCAACAAGAAAUCUCUAGAAGGAUAUUGAAAACUACCCCUCCAAUACCAGAUUCCCUUGGUAAGGAUGUGGCAGAUUUCAUAACUAAACUACUAGUGAAAGACCCUCGGAAGAGAUUAGGGGGUGGCGAAGGAGAUGCCAAGGAACUGAAAAGGCAUUCUUUCUUCAAGAGCUUGGACUGGGACAAGCUCGCUCUUAAAGAAAUCCCAGCUCCGUUUAAACCUAUCAUUAGAAACGAGCUGGACGUGUCCAACUUCAGCGAGGAAUUCACCACUAUGCCCCCGACAGAUUCGCCAGCCGUCGUGCCGCCCAAUUACGACAAGAUCUUCAAGGGGUACUCGUACGUCGCCCCCUCGGUGUUGUUCUCCAAAAACGCCAUCUCCGACGAUAUUCUCAAGCCCAACAAGCUACACGGCAGCGUCAGCUUGCAGAACUCGCAGCUGUCCAACUCGCCGUUCUUCCAGUUGUACGACAUCAAUUUCGACGAGGAGAUCCUAGGCGACGGCACCUUCUCCAUAUGUAGACGGUGCGUGCACAAGGCCUCGGGCAAGGAGUUCGCUGUGAAGAUAGUGAGCAGGGCCAGGGACUGCACCCAAGAGGUCAACCUCCUGAGGGCUUGCCAGGGCCACCCCAACAUCGUCACCCUCUACGAGUUCAUCCAAGACGAGAAUUUCACUUACCUCGUCCUGGAGUACUUGAAAGGGGGAGAGCUCUUCGACAGGAUCAGGCAGAAAUCCAAGUUUACCGAAUCAGAAGCUUCCGGCAUCCUGAGAAAGCUCGUCUCGGCUGUGAGCUUCAUGCACUCGCGUGGCGUCGUCCAUCGCGACUUGAAACCGGAAAACUUGGUCUUCACGUCCGCCGACGAUGAAGCCGAGAUCAAGAUUAUAGAUUUUGGGUUCGCGAGACUGAAAGAAGAGAAGGAACCACUGCAUACUCCCUGCUUCACCCUCCACUAUGCAGCACCCGAAGUGUUAAAAGGUGACCCCGAGGGUUACGAUGAAAAUUGCGACCUGUGGAGUUUGGGCGUUAUCUUGUACACGAUGCUCUGCGGAAAGGCCCCCUUCCACGCCCGUUCGAGGGACGAGAGUGUCUCCUCCAUCAUGCAGAGGAUCAAGGGUGGUGAUUUCAGCUUUGACUCGCCCGCUUGGGUGGGGGUGAGCAGCGAGGCGAAGCACGUGGUUCAGGGCCUGCUCACCGUCAACCCCAACCUGAGACUACGGAUGCACGACCUGAAGAACAACCCGUGGGUCCGAGGCAGCCAGAGCUUCCCCCAGACGCCACUCAUGACACCCGACGUACUCCUGGCGGGCACCUCGGCGGAGAAGAGCCUACAGACCACGUUCAACGCCUUCCACAAAGCCCAGAGGGAGGGCUUCAGGCUACAGGACGUGCUCAACGCGAAACUAGCCCAGAGGAGGCGGAUGAAGAAGAGCUCCUCGGAGAACAACAGCUCCUCGUCGUCGUCUUUUACCAGCGAGAGCUCCCUAAAGAGCGUGCCCGUGACGCCGCUAUCCAACAAAACCAAACUCUCCCUCGAAAUCAAAAAGACUGAAGACGAAUGCAAUAAAGACACGAAACCGGCCACGGCGGACACUAAAGACAGCAGUGUGUUCAAUUUCGGCGAGAACCGUGUGACGGAAUUCCUGCAGACCCUCAGCCCGGACCCGAUUAACCCGGCAUCGCCCUCGAACUCGGUCAGUGUACGAAUGUCGGACUCCAGCAAGUGCGAGAGCAGGACGAGUGACGCGAUCCGCGAGUCCACCAGUUCCAGCGGCAUCGUGGUCUCCGGUAAGAACUCCGUCGACAGCAAGGCGGGAAGGAAGAAGCGCGAGAGGAAGGUGUACGUGCAGUCCAGGCAGAGCGAACGGAUAAGGAGGAUACGUCUGGAGAUUGACGAUGACGAGCCCGUCUGCUUCCUCUCCCUGCCCAACAGAACUAGGAAGAGGAAGAUCGAGGAGCCUGCCGGCCGCGUCGACCCUGACACACCCCAAUCCAAAAUCAUGAGAAAGGCUGUCCCCGCCGCCCCGACGACGACGAAGAGGGGCAGGAAGAAGGUGCAACGGUAGACUCGAGCGCUAGUUAAUGGAAUUUUGUAAUUAUUCCGUUUCGUUAGGAAAUUGAUGUAGGUGUUUACUACAUACGGUUUGCAGAUUUGACUCUGUUCGUUCAGUAUUGCGCGUAUCCGACGUACGCAAGGCUAGAGUCAAAAAUUCGAGGCCGGAAAAUUCUAAAUGUGAUAAAAAAAAAUGUUAGAGCAAGGCGAAAUUGUUUGUUUAGGAAAGGUUUUGUUGGUGUCUUAGGUGCCGGAACCAUUCGUUGUCGAGGGGGGCGGUGUGAUAUUAAAUUGUUAGCGGAACUUGAAACCAAAUCUCUGGCUGUGAUAGAUUUCUUGCCGGUUUCGUAGCUGCCGACGGCAGUGCGGAGGGUUGGUCGUUGCAAUUUUUUGAGCUGGAGAAUUUGCAAAAUCAAAAAAAUCGUAAAUAUUGGAUUAAAUCAAAAACAUUUAAAUUAAGGCAAUUAAUAUCAAAAAAUUAAUUUUUAUAAGGAAAUUUAAUAGUUGUACAGGAUGUUCAGGGAAUAGUGGGCAAUCUUUCGGAUUUCAGUAGGCUUUGUAAAAAUAAAAUCACAAGUUUUCAUAAAUUUUUUUAUUCGGGCCCGCCCUUAUGAGUUAAGAGCCCUUCAAGUUGAAAAUUAAUUUCCCAUCGUAACUUUUUUGUUUCUCGUUAAACUUUGAAAUUAUUUCCACAACGAAAAAGAUUACUUGUUUAUUAUCGAUACAAGGAACCGCUUUUUGAGGUAAAUACGAUUUCCGACGUCUUAAUGGUAAUAAAAACUUGGAUACGGUGAUUGGUAUUUUAUGCAGCAAAAUAAAUUCACGUCAAACGACAUUUGAUAUUUAUUUCACUGCAAAGAUAUCAAAUUUUUAUUUUCGUGUUUUUAUUGCCGCAGAAAAAGUAUUAUUUCCAUUGUGACGAGCGUUUAUCUCGAAAAGGGUUUGUUGUGGUAACAUAGAUCUUGCUUAAAAAAAUAAAGUUAUUCAAAAAGUUAUAAUGAAAAAUCGAUUUUCGACUCGAUACAAGAUGAGUGAAAAAAAAAAUUAUAUAAACUUGUCAUUUUUAUUAAUUUUGCAAGUCCUACCGAGAUCGAAAAGGUUACUCAUCAUUUCCUGGACA